AUGGAUCUGGGUUUCUGCUUCCAAGACCUGGGAGAUGGCGGUGACAGCUUCAUCAAGAGCUUCAUUGAGCCUUCAGGGCACGCCUACCAAGAUGCCAUGCUCGAAGACCUGGUCUCCGCCCAGCAUGGCAGCCACCUCGGCCUGAGCGAGGACAGUGGCUGGGACGCCUCCUUCCUCCACCCCUCGGCCACCCCCUACGGAAGCACCGCCCACCACCGCAACCACCACUACUCGCACGCCACGUCCUCGUCGUUCGCGGCCUCUUCUCCCUCGCCGGCUUCUUCUUCGCCUUCGGGGCGCUCCUCGCCGGCGGGCUCCUCGCUCAUGGCCCUCGCCGACUACGACGAGGGCGGCCUCCUGAUCGGCGGCGGCGUCCACGCGGGGGCGGCGGCGGCGAUGGGUAGCAUGCCGCCCCUGGGCCUGUCCUACUUCGACCUGCAGGCCAUGGGGCCCAUGGACAUGCCCGACGCUCUCGGCCUCUACGGCCUGGGCGGUGCCAGCUCGUCCUCGUUCAAUGCCCUCGACUCGCCCCUCAUGUCCGCACCUCCCCCGGCGGCAGCGCAUCGAGGCGGUGGUGCCCGCCACGUCCUCAACCCCGUCAAGCAGGAGCACGGCCACCACUUCCCCUACCACCACCACCACCAGCAGCAGCAGCACCAGCAGCACCAGCAAGGCGCGUUGCCGGCCUCGGCGCCUUCGAAGGCGGGCGCCGGGGUGCCCGGUAUGUGGUCGCCUCCGCUCGACGAGCCCGUCCAGCGCAAGCGCAAGCUGGCCGCCUCGCGCCGCCCCACCCUUGCAGGAGCAGCAUCAGCAUCGGACACGAUCGCCGAGGCUUCGACAGGCUGCGAGCAGCAGAAAGGCGGCGGCGGCAGCAGCAGCAAGGCCGGCGACCUCUACGAGCUGCCCCUCGCCGUCGAGCUCGCCGGAGCGCUCGUGGGCCACCGCGGCGUCGCAGUCAAGCUCGAGGAGCGCCCCGAAGCCACCACGAACGCCAAGCACCACCACCAGCAAUACGGGGGCAAGCGGCAGCAGCAGCAGCAGCAGCAGGGCGAGCCCGUGGAGCUGGUGGUGGAGCGGCAGCCGCCCGUCGAAGUGCGCACCCGCACCCCGAGCGAGAACCGAAACUUUGGCGUCACCGUCCGCAUCACCGGCCACCACGACACGCCACUCCCCAUCCAGUCCGUCGAAGUGCGCCUCGCCUACGCCUCCUCACCCGAGGACGUGAACCAGCAGAUCCUGGGCGGGAAGAAGACGGUGUCGCUGAAGGAGGACGGGCGUGCGACGUUCGACAACCUGAGCAUGCGGGAGGCGUCGACCAAGCACGGCGAGCGGGAGUUCUGCCUCGAGUUCGUGCCGCUCACCAAGGACGGCCAGCCCCUGGGCAGCUUCGGCACCCGCACCAGCGCCUUCUACGCCUACUCCCACAUGAAGGUCCUCGCCCGGCGAAAGAGCGUGAAGCUGCGCACGUUGAACAAGAGCCACGGGAGCGUGCACGGGGGCGACAAGAUGCACGUGAUCGGGCAGCCCUUUAUCAAGGGACCCUCGCUGAGCAUCAUCUUCGCGACGCCCCACGGGGACGUGACCGCCCUCAACCCGGAGAUGUACUCGGACUCAGUGCUCUUCUUCGAGGCGCCCCCGUACCCGUGCCCCGCCAUCUUCUCGCCCUACAACCGCGACCCCGUGCGCGAGGUCAAGGUCAUGGUGCAGGUCACCAACGACGGACGCACCAUGUCCAACCCCCUCGAGUUCACCUACAUCGCCGAUAAACCCGUGCACCGAGCCGACUUCUAG